AUGCUUCACUUCAUCCAGAAAUUUUCUGGAGCCUCUUCAAAGCUUCUGAAGUACCCUUUUACAGUGACACUCGGAGCUAGCAGAAUAGAUGUACUUUCUCCCAAGACAUCAUUUCAGGAGAACCUUUCCCCUUUGUCGCCAAGGACUUGCCUUUCGACAUCAUUUCAAGUGUGUAUGAACAACAUACAAUGCUAUCAUGCAUCACCAUGCAACUUUGAAAGACAGCAGAAGGAAGCAGUUGUUUCCUCCAGGACACCAAGCAACAUCACUUACCUACCUGAUAGCCCAAAGCCAGCAUUGUACAUAAGUCUGGUGGGGUUAGUCCCCUUUAUUGCUCCACCACUCACCAUGGUCAUAACAAAGUCUUAUAUCCCCAUAUUAGCGUUUACUCAGGUGGCUUAUGGAGCCAGUUUCCUAGCUUUCUUGGGAGGGAUUAGAUGGGGCUUUGCCCUGCCAGAAAGCAGUCCAGCCAAACCAGACUACAUUAACUUAGCUAGUAGUAUGAGUCCUCUUCUGUUUUCAUGGGUAGCUGUCCUCUUUUCUGAAAGACUCGGUGAAGCCACUGUCAUCGUAAUAAUAGGUUUAGGUAUAGCAUUACACAAUGAACUUUUCUUCUUGCCACAUUAUCCCAACUGGUUCAAAGCGUUAAGGAUAGUAAGUACGUUAGUGGCUUUUUUCUCAUUUGUAAUCACUUCAAUACUUAAAAGUAUUUAUCCAGAAAAAGCGCCCAAAAGACUUGGUGAAGUAGAAAAAUAA